AGAGUCUAAGACUCACCCACCCACUUGAACCAGAAAUCCUACAAAGUGAGUGUUGUCCAAAGUGGGAGAAAUGAAAAGAAAGCCAAAAUGACCCAACUUCUAAACCUUAGCCUUCUUCCCAGCAAAACCCCAGCUUUAUCUUCUCUAAUUUCCUCAUCUCGCCAUCAAAAUUUUGCUGCUUUGAGUCUUCAAUUACGCUGUAAUGGCAGAUUUUCUUGCCUUUUCUCAGAUAAUCGAAAGCAGGAGCAAGCUAGGAAAGCAUUAGAAAGUGCACUUGGUGGAAACAAGGAGAAAUUUGAAAAAUGGGACCAAGAAAUUAAGAAGAGAGAAGAAGUUGGCGGAGGAGGAGGUGAUGCUGGUGGUGGAGGGUGGUUUGGUUGGGGUGGGCGAUUUGGCUGGUCUAAUGAUGAUAACUUUUGGCAAGAAGCACAACAAGCUUGUCUUGCUAUAUUGGGUCUUCUUGUUUUGUACCUUGUAGCUGCCAAAGGAGACCUGCUGCUGGCUGUAAUCAUCAAUCCCCUUCUGUUUGCCUUGCGAAGUACAAAAAACGGCUUCACUUACGUUACAUCAAUGAUAACUGGAAGAUCAUUUACGGGCAAUGAUGCACAGUUUGAAGAAAUGAAACUGGAGGCAGCCCAAAGUAGUGCUAAAGAAAGAAUUACGAAGAAAUGGGGAUCUGAUUAACAAUUCUAACUUUCAAUGGGAGAGCAAGUAGAUGUCUAGAGCCAUUUCGGUGCGUAAUCUUGCUUGGCAUGAAGUGUCUGUAUUGCAUAUAUGCAUGGCAUUUUUGGUCUAAUGCCAAAUUGUUUGAGAUAUAUUCUAUGUAUUCAUUAUGCUUGAGUCAUAAGAACUGAUUUUCCUACUCUAAAAUUUAAUUUUGGCACGCUCUUGUGAGAAUGUUAAUCUAACUAGUGUGUAGACCAAGUUUUUUUUUUUCGUAUCAGGAUAGAGAGUCGUGAUUGAUAUAAGAUUGUAUUUCCUUUUAGGUACAACAAGAGAAAUAAAAAAGUAUGUAGUUAUACUUCUA